AUGUCAACCUCCCUUGAUCAGGCCGGCAGCAAUGCGCCGGACGCAUCCAACGUGCGGUGGCAAUUCAUCGACUCUUCGAACAAUAGUCGAACCAACUUAACCCAAGUGAAGCGCCAUGUUAUGCAAGAAUAUAUGCGCCAAAAGAAAGGUAGCGCUCGUCAAAGUGAAAGUGAAGAGGAGGCACCACGACCAAAACGUGGGAGACCCAAGAAGACUCGGGGUGCGCAACGAAAAACAGAGAAGAAAGCGAAAUCAGACGGUGAAAACAACAGUCAACCCCACGCAAGGAGAUCGACCAGAAAGCAAUCUACUCGCAAAGAAGAGCUCAAUGUCGAGGUUAACUGCGAUGUGCUUGUCUCCCCUAUCUCAUCGGAACCUGCGUUGAUCGAAUCCAAUGAUAUGCCCUCGUUUCCCCCUUUUCGGCCAUCUUCUGCCCACUCUCAAGAUGUUCCUCUCCUGCUGGAUGGCUUUGUCGAUGUACAUUCACAAAGUUCUCCAACUAGUGACCUAUACUUUAACAAUUUCCCAUGGCCAUCACCCUCCACGAUGCCCUAUCAGUUCAUGCCAUCACCAACUACUAUGAUCAGCGAUGCCCGAAUUGACACAUUCAACACUCUACCUAUAGAAGUGGAUCAAAAUGGACACAGGAUAUUUGACUCUUAUGUGAACGAUAUGCCAGCCUCCUAUGGAUCCCAUUACCGGUCUUCCAUGGCCCACAGUGGUUAUACAUCGGCCUUUGUGCCUGAGACAAUGAAAGGCGAAGCGCAAACCCCUAUUUUUCACAAAGAUCGUGCUGUCUCCGUGCUCCAGGAGCAUCGCGCUGACAACCCCCAUGACAUCUCCGACGUUGCAAUCGUUUCCUGUCUAAGCGCCGCGGCCUUAGAGGACUGCGAUCCCCGACCAGGCCACAAGGAAAUAAGCCGGGUGCACAUGCGAGCUGCACGCGAGAUGAUACGAGCGCGUGGUGGCCCCGCUGCAUUUUCAAACACUCGCAUCGGCAUGAUGAUCAACUGGCAGAACUACAUCUUGCCGGGAUAUGAGACCCACGGGCCCAGCUUCUUCUAUGAAUACAAUCAACACGCCCCGAUCUCAUCUGAGUCUCUAGCAACACUACCCCAUCCAAUCCCAACCCCCCGCUCAAUGCCAUCCCCACCCUAUUCCACCUCCUCAGCCCUCUCAGAAGUCUCACCCAGUCCCGAACCUCGAACAAUGCUCCCACCACACCCAGAAGCAAACCCGGUAGACGAGAUUAAAUUCCAAUGCGAAGAAUUCUUCGACUUCCUCCGACGCUGUGAACAACUCGCCCUAUACCAACGCGACAACCCGCAAUCGUCAUACAUAACCCGCCACACAGCAGUCCAAGAAACAUCCAUACUCCACCAAAUUCUCGCGGCGCCCCCGAGCGCCCGAUUCACCCGCCCAGACGACCGAAAACAAAUGGUCGCCCGCUUAACAGCGUUGAUGACACUCAACGCCGCGAUGUGGGAUUACCGCAACACCCCAGCGCGUGCAGCAAUCUUCCUCGACACAAUCGAGAAAUCCAUGGUCGACAGCGAAGUCGGCAUGAAUGGCUCCGUCGAUGCCAUGCUCCAGACUCUGCUUGAAUGCAGCGACGGCACUCUUGAUGGCUGGCCCACCAGUGCCGACAGCUUUGCUUCCACUGCUCCGGUAGAGGAGCUCCCAGACUUCUCCCAGUACUUCCCGACUGCUACUUCGCCCUCUGCGCGCCCGUGGUUCGCGGGCCGCAUGUUGAAGGUUGCUAAUCGGUUGAGUUCUUUGUCUUGGUACAGAGUUAAUGAGUUUUUGUUCUCGUGUUUGACCCUCCGGGUGCAGGAGUCGUCUACGGCUCUCUGGGAAGCGGAUCUUCGUAGGGAGAUUCUCGAUGCGCCGACUACUUAUGUUAUGCGCUCAUUGACUGAGUAA